CCCGGCUGCCCCGCUCUUCCCUCAGGGCUGGAAAGGCCUCCCGGCUGCUCCCUGAGGGGCGGGAAGGGGGCUGGAGAGGCUUCCCGGCCGCCCCGCUCUUCCCUCAGGGCUGGAAAGGCCUCCCGACCGCUCCCUCAGGGCUGGAAAGGCCGCCCCGCUCUUCCCUCAGGGCGGGAAAGGCCUCCCGGCCUCUCCCCGAGGGCGGGAAAGGCCGCCCCGCUCUUCCCGCCCAGCCCUGAGGGGCGGGCAGGCCUCUCUCCCGCCCCGGGGUCUCUCUCCGCCUCGCUCUCCAGAGCCCCGGCCCUCAGGGGGGGUGGGGGCUGUAGGCAGCACAGAUGGUUUCGCCCCCAGCCCGGUACCUAGUGUUCUUUCAGUAUUUUGGCACUAAGUAUAGUGGGGUUAUGGAGACUUCGAAUGAUCAGGCAAUAGCUGGAGUCCAGAAUUAUUUGGAGAAGGCAGCGCAGAACCUGAAACCCCUCGUUCCCAUCAAGUUCUGCAUCUCCAGCCGAACGGAUAGUGGUGUCCAUGCUCUCUGCAACUCUGCUCACUUUGACAUCCAGAGGGCGCCGGGGAAGCCAGCUUUUAAUGAGAAACAGCUCAUCCACUGCCUUAAUUACCACCUGAGGACUGAGCCAAUCCGCAUUCUGAAAGCCCACCGGGUGAGCAGCAGCUUCCACGCGCGCUUCUCCGCCCUGUCCAGGACCUACAUCUACCGGGUGCUGACGGGCUGUGCCCACUACUCCCAGAUACCUGUGUUUGAAAGGGAUCUCUGCUGGGCUCCCAUGGGACCCUCCCUGGACGUGCCUGCCAUGCAGGAUGCAGCACAAUUCCUGCUGGGAACCCAUGACUUCAGCACCUUUCGCUCACUUAACUCCAAAACAGCUUUCCAGCCUCCAGUCAGAACCAUGCUCCAGGCAGACAUCCAGCCCUCUCCUGGUUUCCUGUCCCACCACUAUGAAAACAGGAAACUGGAGUUUUGGGAGCUGAAGUUCAGGAGCAGAUCAUUUCUUUAUCGACAGGUCCGGAGAAUGACAGGGGCUCUGGUUGCAGUUGGUCAGGGCAAGUUAACACCUCAUCAUAUAAAGGAGCUACUGGAGAUAAAAGAUUCACGGGCCUUUCCAUCAUAUGCCAUGGCUCCACCAUCUGGACUCUUCCUGAAAUCAGUGGAAUAUAAUGAAGCAGAUUUGGACACUACAGUUUCCCCAGCAGAAUAGCAGCUCUGGGAGCUGCAGCUGUGUCUGCAGGGACUGCUGUGGGUAUGAUGGAGGUUUGCCAAGCCCUCUUCCCACAGUACAUGAUCUUGUCUCAAUAAAAAUCAUUGACUGUGACUGCAGGCAUCUUCCUAUCAUUUGUUCUUGCCCUUUGAGACUGCCAAGAGGAAGGGAAGAACAGCUCCAUGAGGCUUUCAGAUAACGGGUUUUGUUCUUUG